AUGAAUUUUCUUGCAAUAAACAUAAGAGGCAUUGGGGAUCUGGAAAAACCAGGGUGGAUAAAUAUAUUAGUCAAAGAGCAUAAAAUCUUGUUUCUAUGUAUGCAAGAGACACAGGUAUCAAAUGUGGAUUCAAUCACUAUUGGGAGGUAUUGGGGAAAAGUGGAGAUGGAAUAUGAAUCGGUGGAUGCUAGAGGCAGGUCUGGGGGUCUUGUCUCGGCUUGGGAUCCGGGAGUGUUUUCCAAACAGAGAGUAGUCAAACAUGAUUCGUUUCUACUGAUCAGUGGGGUCCUAGCUGGAACAAACACAUGUAUCAACGCAGUUAAUGUAUAUGCUUCGUGUGAAGUAACAAGAAGAAGGGCACUUUGGGAAGAACUGAAGACCAUCAAAGAUACGAAUGGUGAAGGACUCUGGAUCAUGGCUGGUGAUUUUAACGAAGUAAGAGAGGAGGAUGAAAGAAUGAUAUCGAGAUUCGACAAUCAUGGUGCAAUGAUCUUUAAUAACCUCAUAUCUGAAGCCGGACUACUUGAAUAUCAGAUGAGUGGAUACAAGUAUACCUACAUGACGGAGGAUGGGUCGAAUCUCAGUAAAAUAGACCGGGUCCUAGUCUGUGAUGCCUUCAUAGGAAAUUGGCCAUGUGCAAGAUUUGAAGCUUUAGCUAGGCACCUAUUGGAUCAUAGCCCGCUACAAUUAUCGUGUGCGACAUCAGACUACGGUCCGAUCCCUUUCAGAUUCUAUAAUAGCUGGAUUGAGGAUAAUGGCAUAGAGGAAGUGGUUAAGAAAGUUUUGGAGGAAUCUAAUAAUGGGGGCAACAAUAUGAGAGUACUGGCAAAUAUUCUCAAGAACCUAAAGUUUGACAUCAAAGAAUGGAGACGAGUAACGAAACUACAGGAGGAAAAGGAUAUAAACGAAGCGACAGAAGAAGUGGCAACGAUUGAAAAGUUAGCGGAAAGCAGGAGACUGACGACAUUGGAAAAGGAGAAAAGAAUACUAGACAAAUGGAAGAUAAGGAACUAUGAACGAAAAAGGUUGAAGGACUUAAAACAGAGGGCUAAACUAAAAUGGGCGAAGCUAGGUGAUGAAAAUUCAAAUUUCUUCCAUAGGACUAUAAAUUGUAGGAAAGCACAGAAUAGAAUAAAUGCAAUGAAAAUCGGCGGUAUUAUGGUUAAUGAACCAAAAGCAAUUAAGGAGGAGUUUAGAACGAGAUUUUUGGCGCGAUUCACAGAACCAAUAACUCAUAGACCUACUCUUGACGGUAGUGGCUUCAAACAGAUCACGGGUGAACAGGCUACACUUCUAACUAGUAGCUUUUCGAAACAGGAAAUAAAAGAGGUAGUGUGGGCAUGUGGGAGUGAUAGGGCCCCAGGACCUAACGGAUUUUUGUUCAAAUUUAUAAAAAGAUUCUGGGCACAGUUAGAAAAUAAUAUAGUAGGAGUGAUGAAUGAUUUUCAUGAAAGAGCUUUUAUUGAAAGGGGUUGUAACGCAUCAUUCAUAGCCUUAAUCCCAAAAGUAAAGGAUCCUUUUUCGGUGAACGAUUUUAGGCCAAUAUCUUUGAUUGGAGUGAUCUAG